UCUAGGAGAUUGGGAAAAGCUCAAGGUCAUAUUUCAUCUUAGCUUUUCCAGUCAUAUAUUUUUCAUUAACGAAACAGUUUGACAAUUUGGCAAAAUGUCCAUUGCAGGAGAGUAUGGUGACUGGCAAAGGAGAGAGUAGAUGCAAAUAUGUGUAGUCGGUGGAAGAAGAAGGGGGAUGUGACCUGAGAAGGCUGAGAUCGGGAAGAGGGAUGUGAUUGACGAAGGCUGAGAAGGUUGAGAUCGGGAAGAAGAAUGUGACCGGUGGAAGAAGAAAAGGGAUGUGACCGGUGAAGGCUGAGAUCGGGAAAAGGGAUGUGACCGGUGGAAGAAGAAGAGGGAUGUGACCGGCGAAGGUUGAGAUCGAGAAGAGGGAUGUGAUCGACGGCGAAGGCUAAGAUCGGGAAGAGGGAUGUGAUUGGCGACGAAGGCUGAGGUCGAUGAUGAAGAAGAGGGAUGUGACCGGCGAAGGCUGAGCCUGCUGGGUGAAGCAGUUUCAACGAGCUUAGCGGGCUGGUGGGUUUUAGCGGGCCAAAAUGGGCCAACUUACAAAACGGACCAAAGUCAUCAACUGGCCCGUUUUGAAGCCCGGGUUCGGUUCAACCGGUUCAACGGCUGGGCCGGGCCAGGUCCAAAAACACUGGUUUUCAGAUGGUUCUCCAUGCGAAACCCCUCUUGCUUGGCCAAAAUCUUGCAGCAAAAAAGGUUAUGAAGAUGGAGGCAUAUGAGGAGCUGAAAUAUUUAAGAAGAUGGUAGUUGGUAGCAAACAAUAAACAAAGCCAAGGCACAAAGAACUGAAAAUGGCAGAGUCAAUGUUCUAAAGUAAAAUUUUGUUUUUGCAGCUUUAAUGCCAAGGAGGAGUUUGUUGGAGCUAUGGCAUGAAAGCUGAAAAUGCAGUGAAAUGAGAGCUACUAAAUGAUGUUGCAAUAU